AUCAAUCAUUUUUCUGCCAGGGUCGUUCCGAUGUGAUUCAUUGUACAAACGCUCAUGUAAAGCGUACUCGCGACGACAACAAUAAUUGGAAAUAAAUUACAACUUAUUUUUCAACAUUAAUACGUUAAAGCUUUGAUUCAACAUCUAUUCUUAAUAAUGUGUUGAAGUAUCAACUACGAAUAUAUGCAUUAAAGCUGAUGGAUAAAAAUAUAUUUUUAAAAGGUAAUCAUGCUAAAGACUGUGACUAUAAACAACACUUUGUUAUCAGUAUUAAGGAUAAACAAUAUUUAUCCUGUUAGAUAUGCACAUCAUAUGUGUAAAAUUUUGGUUGUUGGUGGUGGAACGGGAGGUUGUACAAUGGCUGCCAAAUUAUCAAGAAAGUUUGACAAAGCACCAAAUCAUGUUAUCGUUGUUGAACCAAGUGAGGUUCAUUAUUAUCAGCCAUUGUACACCUUAAUAGGAGGAGGGAUCAAGAAUUUUGAUGCAUCAAAGAGAUCAAUGAAAGAUGUCUUACCAGUAAAAGCUCAAUGGUUUAAAGAGGAAGUUAUAUCAUUUGAACCAAAUGAGAAUAAAGUAACAAUUAGCAAUGGAGAUAUUGUGCAAUAUGAACACAUGAUUGUAGCAAUGGGCUUACAACUUUAUUGGGAUAAGUUACCUGGCUUGCUAGAAGGUCUAAAAAAUUCAGAAUCUCAAGUUUGUUCAAUCUAUGGGCCUGAUACUGUUUCCAAAGUAUUUGACAAAAUAAAAAAUACAAAUGAAGGAAAUGCUAUAUUUACAUUUCCAAAUACACCUGUCAAAUGUCCAGGAGCUCCUCAGAAAAUUGCUUAUCUUUCUGAAGACUACUGGAGACGAAAAAACAAAAGAAAUAAAGUAAAUGUUGUUUAUAACACAAGUUUACCAGUUAUUUUUGGUGUUAAGAAGUAUGCAGAUGCUUUAUGGGAAGUUUGCAAUAGAAGAAACAUCAAAGUUAAUCUUCAGACAAAUUUAAUUGAAAUUAGACCUGACAAAAAAGAAGCUGUAUUCCAAAAUUUAGCUAAGCCAGAAAAUAAGUAUACAGUACAAUAUUCUAUGAUACAUGUAACACCACCCAUGGGGGCACCAGAGAUUUUGAAAAAACAUACAAUGUUGACAAAUGAAGCUGGUUUUCUUGAUGUCAACCCACAAACGUUACAGCAUACUAAGUUUAAAAAUAUAUAUGGAUUAGGUGAUUGUACAAAUUCACCUAACUCUAAGACAAUGGCUGCUAUAGCAUCACAAAGUAAAGUUUUGUAUAAAAAUAUUUUGUCUAACAUAGCAGGAAAAAAAAUGAAACAUGCAUACAAUGGAUAUGCAUCAUGUCCUUUAGUAACGGCACCGGGAAAAUGUAUACUUGCUGAAUUUGACUAUAAAUUGCAACCACAAGAAUCUUUCCCAGUGAAUCAAAGCAAAGAAUUGUAUUCCAUGUAUCUUCUGAAAAAAUAUUUUUUUCCAUUUCUCUACUGGCAUCUAAUGCUAAAAGGAUAUUGGAAUGGACCUGAAAUGUUCAGAAAAAUAUUUAGUCUAAUAAAAAAGAAAGAUGCAAUAUCUGGAGCUAUGAAACAGUAAUUGUGAUACUAAUUUAUGAUCAGUAAAAACCAGAAGCAUGAAAAUGAUCCACAUUAGAUAUUAAUCAAGUUACUGUUUAAGACUAAUCACCAUGAUAUCAUGUAAUUUAUAAUUUGCGUCCUGUGGUAGCUUUUACCAGUGAUUAUCUCCAAUUUGUAUGAAUAUUUUAUAUGAAUAUAUAUUUUAUAUCUUAAUGCAAAUCUAUUAAAGCUUUUAAUGUAAACAGUUUACAAAUACAUUUAAAAAAGU